GAAUAUAAAUUAAACUUUCACUGGAGUUAGAUGAUAAAUAUCUUUCGAUGAAAGACUAAGGACCGGUUUAACUAAAGUUAACUGAGGUGUAUUUGGCGAAGUUAGCUAAUCAGGUAUCGGUAUUUUCGAAAAUCCCGGAUCCGAUUGGUUAGUGUUAAUAGGUAAACCUCAGUUAACUUUAGUGAAACCGACCCUACGGGCUUCGUGACCUCGUUAGAAAGUGGCUCGAUUCUCCAGGAGGUAGUUCAGAGAAAUGCGUCUACGAGGAUUUUUCGGCGAGAAUUGGCUGACGUGUCGAUCGACAGGGCGCGUGUGAUGAUUUCAAACCUCAGUUAGUCUUAUCGUACAGGAAACCGCUGAGGACUAUUUCUAAACGAAGCCUUUCAGUUACUCGCGUGCAGAGUGUUAGUAAAAGUCUUGUCCUAUUCCGUCCACGUUUAAUGGUCUCAAUUAUUGUUUUACUUCUCUUUUCUAUCAUUCAAUACUUUGCAUUAUUUGCUUGAUGUAUCUUUGCUGGGCUCUUUUCAUUAAAAGUUUACCUAAUCAUGCUCUAUGUUCAGUGACUGAUAAAGAUUAAAGUACUUAUUAUCUUAUUUAUCAAAGAUUAUAAAUGUUAAAAAAUUUAUCUAUUUAAGCCUGUGAAAUCUGUACUUUUUCUUGUGCAGUUGUAUUUGAUAGGUCUAGUAUUUUUUACAAAAAGGAGUUUAUUUAAUGAAUCAAUAUUUAUAUUUUUCAUUUGAAGUUUCUAAUAUACUAUAUGAUAGUGUAUUUUUCGUGGUGUAUGUUUUAUGGAAUGAGAAAUAUAGUAUAGGGAGUGUAAUUUUUUCUAUUUAAAUAUAUAUAUAUAUUAUUCAUAUUGCUGAAAGUACUAUUAAUCUUUUAUAAUGGCAACAAAGAGUGAAAAGGAAUAUAGAAAUGGCAAAGAUAUGCCAAUAUACCAGAAGGAUUCCAAAAUUGUUAGAGUAGUCUUUAUAUCGUUACUUUUGGAUCUAUUGGCAUUUACAAUGAUCCUGCCACUAUUACCAGCACUUCUGGAUCACUAUGAACAACUGGAUAAAGGACAAGGACUUUACUCCACAAUUCUUAAUCAUAUUCGAAAGAUACAAGUAUACCUGGAUGCACCAGAUAAAUUUAAUUCAGUUCUAUUUGGAGGAUUCCUAGGCUCCAUGUAUUCGUUCCUUCAAUUUCUGGGCUCUCCAAUUGUUGGUGCGUUAUCUGAUGUUUAUGGAAGGAGACCUAUGAUGCUACUGUGCCAAUUUGGAAUAGCACUUUCGUACCUGCUUUGGGCAUUUUCACACAAUUUUGGAUUAUUUGUAUUGGCCAGAUUUGUUGGCGGUAUCAGUAAGGGUAACGUCAGCCUAUCAAUGGCAAUAAUAAGUGAUGUUACUUCGCCAAAGACUAGAGGACGUGCUAUGGCUUUAGUGGGUAUUGCAUUCUCUGUUGGUUUUGUUAUUGGACCGAUGAUUGGAGCUUUAUUUGCUAGAAUUUCUAGUGGACACAGAGAAGGACACUGGUAUGCAGUACCUGCUUUAUUUGCUCUUUGUCUUGCUGGUAGUGACCUUAUUUAUGUUGCUUUCAAUCUUAAAGAGACAUUGCCAAGUGGUUAUAGAGCAAAAUCAUUAGUUACUGGCAUAUCUGGUGCAUUGACAUAUAUUAAUCCCAUGGAUCUAUUUCAAUUUAAUGGCGUCUCUGGGCUGAAGAAGGAUGAAUUGCACAAAUUAAGGGUCCUCGGUCGUUCUUAUUUUGUUUAUUUAUUUAUAUACAGUGGCCUUGAAUUUACCUUGACUUUUUUGACACAUCAUUCGUUUGGAUUUACCAGUAUGCAACAGGGUUGGAUGUUUUUGGGAAUUGGAUUAACAAUGGCCAUCUUACAAGGUGGCUGGGUGAGACGAAUUCCUCCGCACAAGACAAAAUCUAUUACUGAACUGGGUCUUUGGUUAAUUAUGCCGGCUUUCGUUUGUGUUGGAAUUGCCAGGGGAACGUUGAUGCUGUAUUUUGGUGUUUUCCUAUUUGCAGUCUCAACUGCAAUGGUAGUUACUUGCAUGAUGACUCUAGUGUCGCGCAUUGGACCAGAAAAUCAAAAAGGCGCUAUAACUGGAAUUUUUCGCUCUCUAGGAGCACUAGCGCGUGCUUGUGGCCCAAUAGUGGCUUCUAUAGCAUUUUGGAGCAUUGGUAGCACAACAACUUAUUUAAUAGGUGCUAUUUCUCUUGUUAUUCCACCAGCUAUACUGCGGCCACUUGGAUCAAUUUAACUCAUUGUCAGUACAAUAUUAAAUACUUAGUGACCUAAUAUUUUAUAAAGCAUACAAGAAAGUAUUUAUAUUUAUAUUUGUAUUUAAUGCAUGACAAUAACGUGAU